AUGUCCCUUCAGACGGACAGUUUUCUAGAAAAUUAUGGAUUCAAUUUCGAUUUCGAUACAUGUAUUAACGUUCGAAGUAAUAAGGAAGGCAACGACGUCGGUAGGGAUGUGCACGGUUGUAUGUGUACACUCUCGAAAGUCCAAGAGAAAACCUUCAACAUCAUGUUUCAAAAGAAAUUUUUUGAGAAUAUUACAGACGAGUCAGUAAUGGCGCAUAAAUUAGUCUUGUCGUCAGCUUCGACACAAUUUCGAAACCUUCUGGCUAACCGCCAGCCAGAAGAGUCUGUGGUAAAGAUCGAUGUCGACUUAAGGGAAAUUCCGAAUUCAAUUAAUGCCUUCAAGGCAAUGCUCAACGGUUUAUAUACGGGUGAGCUGAACUAUACGCAGGCCGAUCAUGCAGAGAUUCUCGCUGUUGCUCGCCAUUGUCAAGUACCAACGAUAGAAAGUAAACUUUUAGCAGUGAGCCAGGACUCAAACUCACUUACUGCUCUCUUAUCACAACCAGAAUUCUCCAUAAUCGCACUGAGCCCCCCAAUUUCUACUGAAGAAUCAUCCUCACCGAUUGCAACUCCAACAGUAUUCAACGAAAAAAUUAUACCAAACGACGAUAAAGAAGGCUGGUGUCGAAAUAAGAAGUACAUUGAGAAAGUUGAAGGCGGCUUUAUGUGUACGGUAUGUCGGAAAAUAUACGGUAGAUAUAAUUCGGUGUCGUACCAUGUCACGAUCUACCACCGUAAUCCUCCAAUCAGGUGUGAUGAAGCUGGAUGCCAGUUUUCGACUCGAGAAGCACGGUAUAUUCACUUUCACAAGUACUACAGGCAUCAUAUACCGCUUCCAGAUAGUAUCGAUCUUGGUUCACGCAAAUGUCCAUUUUGUCGACAUGUUUCAAAGAGUCCAGCAAUGCUGGAGAAGCACAUCGCUAGGCAUGUGCCAGAAAAAAAAGGGAGAAUGAUCGAAAGUUACAGCUGCGAUCAGUGCAUGUACAGGUAUUGA